CUUCAUAGAUUUUAAAGCAGCAAAAUGUGUAGACUUUAAAAGGCGUGUGUAGACUUUCACUAGCCACUGUACAUACUUGUACAUACAUUUUCAAUACUCUACAGAUAUGAUCAUAUUUAUACUGUACUGUAGGACCCAAUAUAAUCUCUUCGCUAUUGAUUCUCUAUAGCAACAGUUUUUUUUAUACUGCAUUACAUCAUAACAAUAAUAAUACGGCUAAAAAUAAUACAUUCAUCUCUUUAGUUUCUAUAGAGCUUUUCAAAGCGCAGAAAAUAAAGAAAGAAAUAAAGUCAUGGAAUAUCAUGACAGGUCAACCAAUAGAGGCCAAGUCUUGAAAGCUGCAUCCUCCGAAGAUGGAGAGGGUCAGGUCAUGGCUUGAGCGAAGGAAGAUAGACAGAGGAUUGUAGAUGAUGGUGAUCAUUGUAGAGGGCAAGUCUGGGAACACGCCUGAGUCUUGCAGCCACUGGACGUCUCCUCUUCCACUCUGUGUAGCACCCACGUGGCUGACGCCUCAGCAGCUCUGGGUGCCAGAAAGCUCACCACAUAAAGUUCAGAACAGUAGCCAGUCUUCCUUUCUACGAGCCCUCUUCCUCAGCACUACAGUAUUCCUCUAUCGGGCCAUUCCUCUCAUGCUUCAGGCGACUCCUUAAAUGAUGUUCUCAAAAGAACAGGAAUUGGCAGCCAGGUGAAAACAAAAAGACGUGUGGUUUCCUGCAGACAAGGGAAACAGCAACCAGCAAUGAUGGAGUUAUAUCAGAAGGAGUCUGUGCGGUGGAUGAGAAGACACAGCCAGAGUCUCCUUCAGGAUCUCUUCUACAUGGGUGUUCAAGCUGGGGACAGAGACACACCUAAACCAGCACAAUGUGGAAAUGCUAAUAAGACUGUAGCUGCCAGCAUCAUCAGUGGGAAGAGCAAGCUUCUUCUGCUGGAAAGCCCUGACAGUGUGGAAAUCUACAGUCUUAAUAAACCAGUGGCGCACCCAGGGGUAGGAGGGACGGGACAUGUCUACCUCCCUGCCAUCACAGCCAAGGCCUCCAGUCUGGCUUCAGUCAGAGGCUCUCUGAGCGCUUCCUGCCCUUAUCUGUACAGCGAACGCAGAGGAUCCUUCUCUUCCAUAGGCUCACAGAGAACUGCAGACUAUAACAAGAACAAACAGAGUAACCUAAAGGUAUUGAAGGAGGCCAAGCGAUCCAAUGUCACCGUGACGAUGACCUACCUGGGGUCACUUGGUCACCUGGGGUCUGCAGGGUCACAGCAGGACGAGCUGAAAGUGCUCCAGCAGAUCUGUGGAGGAGAGAACAUCUGUGUCUUCAAGGGCUUGGUACAACCAGGAGAGCAGUUCCAGUGGGUCUCCCAGAGGCACCGGGGUUACCCCUUUAGCGGCACCAUGUAUGUGAACAGCCUCAUCGCUGCUAGGAUCAGCUCCUGCUGUGAGUACCGCUAUGCCCUGGGCUUCCAGCAGGGCAAGAAGAGCUGCUUCAGACUCACCUGGCUGGCUGGAGGGAUGCCCUGCUAUAGAUGUACAAGUUUCCGAAACAAAUACAGCUCCUACCAGCAGCUGAACAAUGGCACACAAGAAAACCUCAGUCUGCCUCCAGACCAAAACCCUGGCAAUGGUAUAAAGCACAGAAAUGAAGGGCUGUCUCAAAGUCAUCAACUUUCCUACUCAUUCAUCAACAAUUCCUGUUUUUAAUGUUCUGCGUGGUCCUCAUUUCAGAAACAAACCCGCUGCCUCUCAGAAGUCUCUGUUUGAGCAUGCUGUCGGCUAUUUAAGAAACAAAGCACAGCAAACAUUUUGAAAGUUAUUUAUUAAAUAAAUGACACAU